UAAUUUCGCGCCAGUCCAAGACUUCCCGCAAUAAGCGGUUGACGCGUCGUUUUUUAAAUGCGUGCUCUUUCACGCAAAAAUAAUAUUUUAUUUUCAUUAUUUUAAAUAUGCAUAUAAUGUGAUAAAUAUUAGAUAGAAUAAUCAAAUUCCUGUGAUAUUGUGAAGAACUUUAAGUGUAUUUAGAAAAAUGUCGGAAGAAAAGAAGGAUUCAACGCCUUUUGUCAAGAAUGGCAACACAGCGAUUAUCACAAAGACCGUACUACCCGAGAAGCCUCAGAAGCCCAGUAAAGCUGGCAGAGGGAAGGCCUUCAAGCAAGUGUUGGCUUCCUUCAUAGCGAACAUUGGUACUGUAAACACGGGUAUGGCUUUUGGAUUCUCCGCCACCGCGCUGCCUCAAUUGAAGAGUCCUGAUUCCAGUAUACAUAUAAAUGAUGAUCAGGCCAGUUGGAUCGCUAGUCUUAGCGCUGCAGGCACACCUAUAGGCUGUAUCUUGAGCGGUUACCUGAUGGACUCCAUCGGGCGACGUCGUACGCUCAUAAUCACAGAAAUACCUCUCAUCCUCGGCUGGAUACUCAUCGCAACAGCACAGAAUGUUCCUAUGAUUUAUAUUGGAAGAUUGCUUAUUGGUUUCGGUUCUGGUAUGGUUGGUGCGCCGGCGCGCGUGUACACUUGCGAGGUGUCGCAGCCACAUCUACGCGGCAUGUUGGGGGCGCUGGCGUCGGUAGGCGUGUCUACUGGGGUGCUAAUACAGUAUGUGAUAGGCAGUGUGACAUCAUGGAACAUCCUUGCUGGUGUAAGCGCUGUGAUUCCUAUCGUAUCCCUGCUGGGUAUGCUACUGGUGCCGGAGACACCAAACUUCCUGUUGCAACAGGAUAAACGGGAACGAGCUGAGAGCUCGCUAGCCAAACUGCGAGGGUCUACCUGCGAUCUGGAUGAAGAAAUACAACGGAUGAUAGCUUUCAAAGAGAAGAAUCAUGUUGAACCUUUGAAGACACCCAAAGAAGUAUUAAAAGCGCUAAUGUCACCGUCAGCUUUGAAGCCAUUUACUAUUUUGGCUGUUUAUUUCUUUAUUUACCAGUGGUGUGGUGUUAAUACUAUUACAUUUUAUGCAGUCGAGGUGUUUGAGGCAUCCGGGGCUGCUUUAGAUAAAUACUGGUUGACAAUCUCAAUGGGUAUUCUACGAGUUAUUUUCACAGUAGUUGGGUGUAUCCUGUGCAGAAAAUGUGGCAGACGGAUGCUUACUUUUGUCUCAGCAAUCGGAUGCGGUUCUACUAUGAUAGUGCUAUCAGUUUAUAUGUACCACGUCCAGUACUGGAAAGACAAUAACAUGCCGCCAGUCCACUCUUGGAUACCAGUCGCCAGUAUAUAUGUGUUUAUGAUCUCCUGUACCCUGGGUUAUCUGAUCGUACCCUGGGUUAUGAUAGGAGAAGUUUAUCCUACACAGGUGCGUGGUGUUGUGGGUGGUAUGACGACAUGCGCGGCGCAUCUGUCAGUAUUCUCCGUGGUCAAGACCUUCCCCUUCCUGAAAGCCUCGCUAAAUGACUACGGCGCGUUCGGUCUCUAUGGUGCUAUGUCGUUAGGAGGUAUUGUAUUCUUCUACUUUUUCCUACCUGAGACGAAAGGGAGAACUCUACAGGAGAUAGAAGAUUACUUCUGCGGCAGAACAAAGACGUUAAAGAAGAAUAGCACACAGACGGCGUUACCUUGAUGGGCAAAGAAUUGUGAUAUAUAGAGUUUACUCAAAGUAUAAUACAAUAUUGUUUAAUUUACACAGGAUGUAUCACGGCGUUGUAGAUAUUUUAGGGUUUGUGUAACCCGUGGAACAUCCUGUAUAAGAUUUUGAUGUACAGUAUAACAAUUUACAAUUGUAAUUCGUUAGUAUAAUAAUUGUUGUACAAUUUCUGUAUGUAUAAAAGAGAUUAUUUUUUAUAUAUAUUGGAGUAUUAUUAAAUAAUA